AUGACACACGCCGGUAUCAACGGUGCCCAUGGCUCUGGCCCUCAAUCGUCCCCUUGGCCAUCGUGGCUAACCAGCUGCUGCGCACCGCUGGUCUCCUCAGAGGACAGGAGGCCGCGUCGUAGUAAGUCUUUGCCUACUUCUACUUCUACAUCUGACUCUGCCCACACUGGCAUUGCCUGGGCCUCGGAUUCGUCUUGUACUUUGAACAUUUCGUGGCCAGUGGGCAGGUUGAGCGACGAACAGUUGCUGAUAGGCCAAGUCGACGAGAAGCAAACAUAUCCAGUAAUAUACGAUCAACCACUUCACCACCCUAAGCCUGUGGCCAUGCCCAAGCAUCGUAACAUGUCGGAGUCUACGACAAGAGACAGUGUCUCAUCCAAGAGAAGGAGAUUCUGGUCUUUCUCCUCUAACAACUCACGCCGUCCCCUCAUCUCAGCACCUUCCGACUUUCGCCAUGUUGCCCAUUCGAGCGAUCCCUUCGAUCCCUUCUUUGACUAUCCUGAGCCUACACCAUCACGGGCUUCCAAUCUUCGACCAGCUAAACAGCUGCCUCAUCGCCCUUACCGACCACUCGAGUUGAGCAUCUACCAGCCUGACAAUCGUGUAUCUCCUCUUUUACCUCACUUUGAGCCUAGGCCUGCGAAUCCAGCCCCUUCAUCUGACUUUUCUGAGGAGUGUGUAUCGGAACUUUCAGAUUGCCCAUCGGAAGAGGUACCGCCUUCGUUAGAGUAUCAGAAGAGCUUCUCAGGCUCCCCUAUGUCCUUUCACACCCCACGCAGAAACUUCACAGGCAGCGCUCCUGGCUCUUCGUUUGGAGAAGAUGAGAUUCCGCCUCUAAUCCCUCCCAAGUCUCAAGGUCGUUCCCGGGCCUACAGCUCGCCGGACGUUAACAAGGUCAAGGAACGAGUUGCGAGUGCUAUGCUUGAGGUCGAGAAGCUCCAAAAACAAAUCGACGAUGUUAUUGAGAGACAGAGUCUCUAUGUUCCGAGCCGACCGGCAACUCCUCACUCUGUGGCUAGAUCUGUGCAUGGUAUGAGUUCUACGUAUCGUCCUGGUGACGAAUCUCAUCCGCUGAUGCCCUCAGAGCUGGAGCCCAUGCCUUCAAUUCCCGCUCUUCCCCCAGCAGCGCCGUCUUUUGCUCAACGCCUCAACUCUGAUAUAAUCGAGAGACCGCACACAGCACCUAUCAGAUCCCCUCGUGCACCUGUAAGGAUUCCCGUUACCCCUCCUCGUCGGGCCCGGACUCCUGGAGAGUCACGGACCCCGUCUUCUACUCCCUCUCCUCCUAGGCGAGAGAAUCUACCCCCGCCACCACCUUUACCUUUGGUUCUUCGACCACCCUUGAGGAAGAAGAAGUCCUUCUCUCGAGUAUCCAGUUGGCUCUUCCCCGGAUCGCAGCACGGCCGGAAUAUGAGCUUCGACUCUGUUACAAACGCUCCCCGCCCUAUCAGGGGCAAUCAAGGGUUCUAUCAGGUCUCGCAGGGCGGGACAUCACUUCGACGCCGGAGCACGGACUCUGUCGACACUGUUAGCACCUGGGAGUCGGACGAAGAGGUUCGCACGGUUCCAACAACAUGCUCAGUUGGUAGCACGGCAGCUGUAUCACCAGACGACGGGCCUCUGAUAUCGCGGUUCGCCACGUCUACGUUUGGUCGCAACGAUAUCCGACCCCAGAGGAGAAGCGUCGGUGUUGCAAUGUGA